AGCUGGGUUAGUCAAGAAGGAGGUCGAAGUUUACGGAGCCUGCGCCUGGCUGGUAUCAACAAGACACGAGGCCGAAGACAUGAUAAAAUAAAUCGAACCACCGGAAUUGCACGCGAUAUUUAAUGAACGGUUCGUGCGGAGUUUCGGUGGGAUUGCACAGUGGGGGUUACAUGUGGUCGUAGCUAGCUUAUCUUGAUAGAAGCAAGUGAAGACAGUUAGCCAACCAUCAAGCCUAGCGGGAAGUGUCCCAGAGAAGUAGCGGGCUGAAAGCAAGUGUUUCUUCGACGAAUCGUUUGACAAAAGGAACAGUUGGACAUUUUAUAGCCAGCCAGCUAGCGAGACGGAGUCGCAUACCGUGCUCACAACACCGGUAUCGUGCUAUAUGCUCUUUAGUGCUUUAACAUGCCUUCUAGUGCUCGUUGUUGAAGCUUUUGCCUACUACUGUCUGCAGACUGUUUUGGUGCAGCAACGAGUACCUGAUAGCCACACGCUAGCUAGCUGAUAUUACACGGGUAACUAGCUAACAGCGUGGAUCUACUGUCUCAUUAUCUCGCUUUAACGUCAAAAGACCAAAACUAACAAGCACAUUUUGUUGUCAACUCGGAGGCAUAGUUGUUAGCCAGAUAGCUAGCUAAACCGCUGACCAGUCGGUCAAGAGGAGCAACAUUUCCUCGCCUGAUAAUUUCGCCUUGCUGUGUCAUGACGUUAAAGUGCAAGUCAAGUCAUUUCAAAGAGUAUGCGAGAUAACAACAUUUGGCAUAAGUAGAAAGGGGGGGGGGGGGGGGGGGGGGGGUCAGGAAUCCUUCAUUAAAGUUGGCUACUGUCGACCGUAGUUGAACCAAAGGACUGUAUUUGUAGGUCAGUCUCGACAGCAAAGAAUGAAGAAGUUUUCCCGUAUGCCGAAGUCGGAGAGCGGCGGACCGGGAGGAGGUUCCGGGUCCGGAUCGAGCUCUGGAGCCGUCAGUAACUACUUUGGGAAAGUGUUUGCCGUGGGCCGGUAUCAAGUCACGGUGGAAGAACUCAUAGCAGAAGGUGGGUUUUCUGUGGUGUUUCUGGCCCGGACACACAGUGGAACGCGCUGCGCUCUCAAGAGGAUGUACGUCAACAACGUUCCUGACCUCAACAUCUACAAGAGAGAAAUCACUAUUAUGAAGGAGCUGUCUGGUCACAGGAACAUAGUGAACUACCUGGACUCUACCAUCAACUCAGUAGGGGACAGUGUCUGGGAGGUGCUCAUUCUCAUGGAGUACUGUAAAGCUGGUCAGGUAGUGAAGCAGAUGAAUCAGCGUCUCCAUAUUGGGUUUACGGAGCCGGAGGUGCUGACCAUCUUCACUGAUACCUGUGAGGCUGUGGCCAGGCUGCAUCAGUGUAGGACCCCUGUCAUACACAGGGACCUGAAGGUAGAGAACAUCCUCCUGAGUGAUAAUGGGAGUUAUGUUCUGUGUGAUUUUGGAAGUGCUUCUCUCAAAGUGCUGCUUCCACAUAAAGACGGAGUGACCGCUGUGGAGGACGAAAUCAGGAAGUACACGACCCUGUCAUAUCGAGCUCCAGAGAUGGUCAACGUGUACGCAGGGAAGCCCAUUACCACCAAGGCUGAUAUAUGGGCUCUUGGUUGCUUGUUGUACAAGCUGUGUUUCUUCUCGCUCCCGUUCGGAGAGAGUCAAGUCGCCAUAUGUGACGGAAACUUUAUCGUUCCUGACAAUUCCAAAUUCUCCUCCAAGUUGCAUUGCUUAAUCAGAUAUAUGCUUGAGCCUGACCAUGAGAAGAGACCAGAUAUCUAUCAAGUCUCCUACUUUGCCUUCAAGUUAGCGGGAAAGGAGUGUCCGGUGCCAAAUCUCUUUAACUCUCCUCUCCCCACAUCACUUCCUGAGCCGCUCACAGCCAGCGAAUUCGCUGCUAGGAAGAGUAUGACGAAAGCCAGAAUCACAGAGUCCGUGGGUCCGACGGCAACUUCAAUCACUCCGAGACAGAGACCCAAAGCUGCAAACAGUUAUGUGCUACCCGUCCCUGUAGCCAACACAGCGGUCACCCCAGUCGCUGCCACGCCCAUCGUCACACCUACGGCUCAGCCUUCUGUACCUGUCAGCAAUGGGCAGAAAGCAACUACGCCAGGGAACGGGCAGCCAGUGGCUCCACAGACAGCCAACAGGGUGCUCCAGCAGCUGCAGCCUGGAGACCUGCGUCUGCAACAACAAGAUCAGCUUCACCCUGUCCAUCCACAGCAGCUCCUUCAGUACCAGCAGGCCCUUCAGCAGUCGGUCCAGUUCCAACAGCAGCAGCAGCAGUCGGUCCAGCUCCAGCAGCAGGCCCUGCUCCAACAGCAGCAGUCGGUCCAGCUCCAGCAGCAGGCCCUGCUCCAACAACCGAUGACGAUGCAGCCCAUGAACCAGCAACAACAGGCCCACUACACAGCCAUGAUGCACCAGUACCAACAGGCUUUUGGACAGCAUCAACAUCCCACCCAGCAGCCUUAUGUCACCUCUCCUCUGGAGUACCAGCUUCCCCCAGGCUCCUAUAACCCUGCUGGGCCUGGGCCUGGGACUGGGCCUAUGUCCCCUGUUGAGCCUCCAUCCACUAACACCAGUAGAAGCCCUCUGGUGGACUUCAAGGUGACCACCCCUCCCCCCCAGACCCUGGUCACUCCCCAGAGCCACCCUCCUGACAUGUCCCGCUGGAACCCCUUUGGAGAGGACAACUUCUCCAAACUGACAGAGGAGGAGCUGCUGGACCGAGAGUUCGACCUCCUCAGAACAAGUAAACCUCUGGAGAGAACCAGUAGCCAGGAGGUAGAUCAACCGCUGCAGCCAAUCACCCCCGCCGCCAUGCCCCUCCUCCCCGAAGACCUGUUUGGCUCCUCCCCCUUCCUGUCUAGUGCAGGUUCUAGUGUGGUGGUGAUAACUGAUCAGCCUAUUGAAGAGCUCAGUAACUCAGUCGCUGCCCCCGUACCAGUUCCUGUGGGCCAGCCUGCCCUUGAGGAAGAACUGCAACCUCCGGUGGCAAACGAGCACAAACCAAGUAGGAGGAGAAACUCUCCUGUUGGCGGUUCACAAACGACUCGCAAACCAGGUGGUGACGAAUCAGACAGUGACUUUGAGUCAGAUCCUCCUUCCCCUAAGAGCAGCGAGGGGGAAGACGAGCCGGAGGACGACGAAGGUCUGAACAACGAGCACAGAGAGUUCUUCAAUGAACUGGAAGAUUUGGAGGAAACGGAGAUGCUGGGACAUAGGCCUCUGCUGAUGGACUCAGAGGCUGAGGAAGAGUACGACAAACACAGCUCCGACUCAGACUAUGAACCCAGGAAUGUUAAGGAAGGACUUACUAGGAAGCUAAAAGGAGGAGUGGCUACUGCCACCCGUGAGGGAAGUCCGAGCGUGGAGUCAGAAGACACACUAAUCACGAUUACGCCUCCCGAGUCGCCUGGUGUGGCGGCUGUUAGAGCCCUCCCCUGUGUCGGUGGCAUUGUGGACGUGUUUGGUGCGGAUGUGUUUGGUGCUGUGCCCUUCUUUCCUCCAGCGGCAGCUCUGGCAGAAAGAGCAGACAUCUUCUCCGCGGCUCCCUUCAGGCAGGUGAGCCAGGAGGCCAUAGUCAACCAGCCCAACCAGGCCAUGGAAGAGUUGGACGUCUUUACUAAGGCUCCGUUCAGCCGGAACCUCUCCAAAUCUGGCAAGACCGGAAGCAGCGACUUCUCUAUGGGUCGGACUCCUUCGGUGUCCCCUGAAAGCAUCGACCCGUUCGGCUUCUCCCCCUUCCAGCCCGGCCCCACGGCACCGCCACCAACCACCUCCAGGAGCGCAGAGGACAUCUUCCGUCCAGCCUUCGAGAAUUCUCUCAGCCCCCAGCAGCAGAGGCUGAAACAGCGUAGCCUCCAGAAGUUGUCCUCACGUCAGAGGAAGUUCUCUGGUGGCACCAGCGGUGGCAGCAAUGGCAAGCGCCACCACGGCACGCCCACUGGCGGUCGCAAGAACAACAAGCCCAGCUUCCGAACCCCCGAGCGCGUCCGCCGGCACAAGAAGGCCGGCAGGAGGGACUCCCAGAGCUCCAACGAGUUCCUUAGCACCUCAGACUCCAAGGAGAACAUCAGCGUAACGAUGGCAGACGCCGACAAAGACAAAGGGGCUUCCCUGCCUAGCCUUCCUCAUGAGGUCGACCCCUUCGGAGCCAAUCCCUUUGGUCCUCAGGAUGGCAGCCGACUUAACCAGGGCCAGUACCAAGUGCUUCUGGGGGACAGCAAGGCAGACAUAGGUUCGGCCAAUGGCAGGCCUCGGACUAGCUCGCUCCAUGAUGCGUUUGGGGACGGGAACAUCAUGGAUGACUUUGGGGCGGUACCUUUCACAGAACUGGUGGACCACCCUGGGCCUGAACCGCAGCCGUCACAGGCAGUGGAGCUGGAUCCCUUCGGAGCUGCGCCGUUCCCCUCCAAACAGUGAAUGUCUUGCUCGUCUUCCCGCCACACACACUCUCGUCUUUCUCAAUCACACACACUGCUGUGUUACACCAAGCCUGUGGAGUUCCGGGGUGAAAUUCCCUCCCAAGGGAUGGCAAUUAGCUUGCUGGUGUGGUAGUUGAUUAUAUUUUCAGCCAAAUUUAACUGCGAUUGGCAACUGCGCUAAUGUGUUUCCAAUGCUUCCCCCCCCCCUAAAGGAUAUUUCAAUACAUGAAUAACUGGACUUUGGGAUUAACAAAACCAACAUAAACCUGUGGAGUAUAUCUGAUUUUUAUUUCAGGUUCUGUAUGAAUUUCCUUCACCUGUACCUGUUAGCUGACGAGCUUUUUAUGCUGCGUCACAAUACGUGUCUCUUGAGACACGGAGAUCGAUUUGGUUUCACUCAAGAUCACACUGUGUCAAACAACAAGAUUGCUCAGUUUUCGGAUUGCUUGAGUUGCUGCUGAAAAAAAAAAAAAAACAUUUGUAAAGAUUGUGGCCUCCGUGAUCUACCGAUGAGAUUAAUUUAGCUCCGUGAUCUACCGAUGAGAUUAAUUUAGCUCCGUGAUCUACCGAUGAGAUUAAUUUAGCUCCGUGAUCUACCGAUGAGAUUAAUUUAGCUCCGUGAUCUACCAAUAAGAUUAAUUUAGCACCGUGAUCUACCAAUAAGAUUAAUUUAGCUCCGUGAUCUACCAAAUAAGAUUAAUUUAGCACCGUAAAGCCUUAUGGACGUGACUCCGCCUUGCUGCACAGUACCUCGGAAACCAUUUGGCUAAGGAAAUGGCUAACAUUGCCUUUUGUGUCAACGGAGUGAUUCGUUUAAGAGUAGGCCUUUAUCACUUUAUCAUUUCACCCUACUUAGACCCUUUCAUUUCUAUGCACAUUUCUUUCCAUUUAGUCUACUUACAGUAGAUAACAGCUCAUUUUUUUAUUUAAUUUUAAUUUUAAUUGCAAUAUAUUCACUAGAAUGAAAGGCAUUCGUUUUGUUUCAUUUCUUUUUAAAGAUUUCUCAUUUAUUAUUUAGGACAUUUUAGGUUUAAUUCCAGACUUUGAACUUGUCAAUAAGUACUGUUUAAUGUGAUCUUUUACCUCAAACAAUAAAAAAUAUAAUUUUUGAAUAAGGGGAAAAACACAACCCAUUUUCCUACAUGGCGAUACUGAGUAUAAUAUAUCUGACUACUUCCACCUCUUGAGACGGUCUCCUGUCUUGCAUCUAUUGGUAACAUAAGCCAUGCCAAAUCUCCUACCAUUUACUUGUAGUCUAAUUAGAAUCAGGUCACGUGUCCAAAUUGUUUUAAAUGAAUGCCCUUUCAGCGUCAACUCUUCCAUUGGCUAGUAAUUAUGGCAAUUAUGAAUCGUGAGGAUACAGAAAGGACAGAUAUGUCGCGGUCUGAUAACCCCGUAACUCAAUUUAUUUGUUUUCAUUCUAUUGAAAGCAUUAACUCUCAAUGACUCUGAUCAAGAAGCUAUUCAAAAUGGCUUCAGAUGUUUUCAUAAUUGUAUGAUUUUAAAGGGGAAAAUAUGGAAUUAUUUUGAAUUUCCUGAAAUGUUUGUUUAGGAGAUGAGGUUCUCAGUGACGAUAUGUACCUACCUUUUUGGCACAUUGAUGUUGACUGAAAAAGCUCGUAGCUGCCUUAUUUGCCUAUGGAACCCUGUGAUUUUAAUAUUUUGUUUCAUUUUUAUUUAAGGUUAAUCUUGUUUUGUAUUUAUCAUGCUAUACUGCUGUCUAAUAAUGCAAUAAACACGUUUGA